UAACCGAGUUUUUAUUGAAAAGUGUCUAUGUCGGUACACUCUCUCAAAUGUACAGUCAACGAGUCAAUCUCCUAAAACGACAUCUAAAAAGAAUAUUUACUCAUGGCCUCACUCUCGUCGUUUUAGAAAUUAAACAGCACCACAGCACUCUCCUGUCAGAGCGAGCUCUGUAAUAAAACACCAAAUUUCUUGCGACUGAAUUACAUUUUUCUUGCCCAGUCGACACUCCAAUCUCCAUGGUUAAAUCUAGUCAAUAAAAUAACUAAAAUUAACGAAUUUAUAUAAAUAUCUCUCUUACCUGUAUCCUCUUCCCUAAAAUGCUCGCUGCUGAGCUCUCCAACUCUCACUACUCUACAAUGGCCAAAUCGACUUUUAGAAAUAAUAAAGCUUCUUCCUGUUUCAGUGAUGUCUUUCUCUAUCUUGGUGGUGCUUUGUUUGCUUUUUUACUCGUAUGGUCUCUUUGGUCUUAUGCCGGUCCUGACAUAUCCGGUACUUCGGAACCCAAGGUCACUGAUUCCAACCUCAAGGUUGGUUCUAAUUCAAAAACUUGCGUAAAGGAAGACCCGGCGAUUAACCUCCUCUAUGACCCUCCUGAUACAACCUUCUACGACGAUCCGGAGCUCAGAUAUUCCAUCGAGCAGCCUGUCAAAGAUUGGGAUCAGAAGAGAAAUGAGUGGCUGAGGCAUCACCCGUCUUUCGCACCCGGCGCUCGUGAUCGAGUGGUGAUGGUCACUGGAUCGCAGUCGACUCCGUGUAAGAACCCAAUUGGCGACCAUUUUCUCUUGAGAUUCUUUAAGAAUAAAGUGGACUACUGCAGAGUCCACGGCUACGAUAUCUUCUACAACAACGUGCUGCUCCACCCCAAAAUGCACACUUUCUGGGCGAAACUGCCGAUGGUGAAGGCCGCGAUGCUAGCUUACCCAGAGGCGGAGUGGAUCUGGUGGGUGGACUCAGACGCGAUGUUCACCGACAUGGAAUACAAACUUCCAUUACGCCGUUACGAUUACAAGAACCACAACCUGGUUGUCCACGGCUGGCCGAAGUUGAUAUACGAGGAGAAGAGCUGGACUGCGCUAAACGCCGGUGUUUUCCUGAUCAGAAACUGUCAAUGGUCCAUGGACUUCAUAGAUAAGUGGGCCAAGAUGGGUCCUAUGAGCCCAGAGUACGAGAGAUGGGGCCAGAUUCAACGUUCCUUAUUCAAAGACAAGUUGUUCCCAGAAUCGGACGAUCAAUCGGCUCUGAUUUAUCUGCUGUACGAAGAUAAGAGUUUAAUGGACAAGAUUUAUCUAGAGGGAGAGUAUUACUUCGAAGGGUAUUGGUUGGAGAUAGUGCCGACAUACGAUAACAUCACCGAGAGGUACACAGAGAUAGAGAGAGGGGACAAGAAAUUGAAGAGGAGACACGCGGAGAAAGUGAGCGAGCAAUACGGUGCGUUUAGGGAGGUUCACUUGAAGGAAGCAGGGAACGGGAAAGGGAGCUGGAGGAGACCAUUUAUCACUCAUUUCACAGGGUGCCAGCCCUGCAAUGGAGACCACAACAAGAUGUACGAAGGAGACAGUUGCUGGAAGGGAAUGGUGAGAGCCUUGAAUUUCGCUGAUAAUCAGGUGCUGAGGAAGUAUGGGUUUGUGCACCCUGAUUUGCUCGAUUCCAAAACGGUGCAGGAGACGCCGUUUGAUUACCCCGACGACGGACCAUGGUAAAAGCCAAUGUAUAAAGUGGUUCAAGGGCUUCAUACAAAUGCAUGAUUGAAGAAUAAUGCUCAACAUCUGAGUGAUUGUUUAUGAUGGAAAAAUGAUGACCUUGGGUGGGUAAAGCUUACGAAGAAUUGGAAUUUUAGGCAAUUGACUUGUUUUGCUGAAUAAAUUCGGGUGCUUUUUGAUAGCUACUAAAAUCAUUAAGAUAUGAGACUGCCAUUAUUGUUGGUAUCCAAAACAGUGGAUUUCAAUUCUGUUCUUAUUUGGAAUUGCUAAACUCUUUCAAUUAUUUAAGUUUGAAAAUUUUCACUGCCAA